AUGGCGUCAAAAAUGCGCACAAUGCACACGAUCCCUGCAGACUUCCCGCAGAUCCUGAAGGACUUCACUCGUGAAAUUCUGCGGAACCAGCCUGGAAACAUUUAUCAAUUCGGGAAGGAGUAUUUCGCAGCGCGGCUCAGGGAGGAGAGUCCGAUCGAGAGCAUAAACAACGAGUACCUGGUUCAGUACCUCACUGAUCUGUUCAUCCAAGCGGACACCAAUCAGAACGGAAGAUUGGACAAGAAGGAGUUCAAGGAGCUGAUGUUGCGGGCGGAUCUGGGCCUGAGCAAGGAGGACAUCAAACUGAUCUUCAUGGAGGCGGACGUUGACGACAGCGGGAGCCUGGAGUACGAGGAAUUCAUCCCCCUCAUGAUGCACGUCAUCGACUCCAUCAAGGAGGUCGAGCACGCCAGGGAGGAAGAGGAAAUAGUGCGGGAGCAUGCCGAGCAAAUCGCUGAAGAGUACAUGUUGCGCGGAAUAACCUCGAAGGAGCUUGAAAAGUAUCUGAGAGCCUCUUUCAUGGAGGCGGACAAGGACGGGUCGGGGCAGCUUGAUGCGAAGGAAUUCAAAACGUUCCUGAUGAAUUGUCCCAUCAACCUGACGAAAAAGGAGAUCAACGCGAUCUACAUGGAGGUCGAUUCGGAUCAGAACGGGCUGAUCUCUCUUGAAGAAUUCAUCCCCGUCUUCCAUUCCCUCAUGUUCCAGCUCACGACCAGCGAGGCCCUCAAGCUCAUCAGGCAGCAGGACCUGCAAGAGCUGCCCCAGAUUCUCAUCGCCUCCUGCACCUACUACGACCCGGAGGGGAGCGAGCAAUCAGGGACGCGGACCUUGGGCUGA